UGGGUCCCAAUCGAAAGUUAACACAUUUGACAUAUGUACAACCCUAAACUGAAAGACAGCGACGUAAAAAAAAAAGUAAAAAUUGCGUUUGCGAUGUCAGAUAGGUAGUCUAAUUUAUUUUUUAUACAUUGAAAACCGUGAUUGUUGAUUAUUGUAACAUAAAAUUGUCAUGAAAUCGUUUUGUGAGAGAUGAGUGUCUUUGGGGAUUUUCAACGUGUGUGGGUGCAACGUUUUCCUGAGAGCACUUUACCAGCCGCUUGGGAGGAAGAUGUCAGAGCCAAUUUAGCUAAACAUAAACAGAAAGUCGCUAUACUUAGGGAGGAGCUCGAGAAGGAAGAAUUCUACGUAGAAUAUCUUGAAACUCUUUUAUCUGAUGUAGAGAAACAUAAGGCAACUUCCCAGAGUAAUAAAGUGGCGCCGCCCUUAGGGACUGACACAAGUGACGAUAAGACUUCUGAUAGCAAACAGGGUUCAAACACAAAUUCCUUAUCAAAAAAGAGUGAAGGCAGUUUCAGUAAUAAAAGUGAUGACUCUAUUGAAGCGUUAGAUACAGAAGAUGAUAAAGUCAAUUUAAGAAAUAGACCAAAAACAUUUGCUGAAAGAAGCUCCGUUAACCAAUGUAUAAACGAAUUGUCGUCAAACCUUGCUGCAGAAGCUAGACGGCGGUGCAACAGUGAAGUUGUGCAGAGGACAGAAAAGGAGGAAGAUGACAAUGCAAAUGAUCUUGAAUCAAAAAAAUCCACACAAUCUAAGAACCGUCCAGCAUCACAAGCAGGUGAUUUUGUAACAGUUAUUGAAGUUAAUGGUGUGAAAGCUGCAGAGAGUGCUGUAAAGAAAUCAGAAGAGUCACCACAAACCUCAGAGAGCAGCUCUGCAGAUCCUGCUGUUGCAGCUAAGAAAAAAGUUCCACCAAAACCUCCACCAAAAGUGUUCAGUAGAAGAGGUGCUUCCCUGCCCGAAAGUGGUCUUCCAGAGGAUAGUCCUCCAUCUAGCUUAGGACGAAGACUGCGUAAUUCUGAGUCAAGAGAAUCCAUUGCCAGUAGAGCUUCUACACCAUCUAUUAGUGAAAGGGUAAAAAGUUUUGAAUCAAUAAACUCAUUGUCAUCGGAACGAAAACGGUCAGGCGGUGCAGCAACCCCCAGAUCUAUUGAUGAGGAAGUAACAUCAACCACUCCAGAUCUACCUGAAGUACCGGAUGACAAAUCUGGUCCCAUUUCAUUGGAAAGCAUACCUGCAGCUGUACGCAGUGUUGAAGACGAGCCAUAUUAUGAUCAAGUUCCAGUGGAUAUCAAUGAUGGAGAAUAUGUUUAUAUACAAGCAGGUGGGGCGGGUUCAAGUACGGAAGACGGGUCGAGCGGCACGAGCACGCUGGCGAUGGCCCCGAGCGCUCCGACCGCACCAACCGCGCCCACGGCUCCCACUGCACCGGACUCGCCGCUGUGCGCCACCGCGCCCAACUAUGUGAACAUACACUAUUUUAUACAGCAAGGCGUCGACGGCGCGGAAGCGAGUGAAACGAGUUCAGAAUUAGCUGAUUCAAGUGAUACACCUUUAUUGUUACGAACUAUUUCAUCCGAUACCGAAGCCAGUGCCACUCCGCCCGUAUUGAGAAAACUGCAUCAGGAAUCAAGUAACAAUGCUGAAGCCGAAAGACUUACUAUGCACCGUUGUAUCGUCACUAGUAUUAUUGAAAGCGAAACAGUUUAUGUGGAGUGUCUUUACGUUAUGGAGAAGUAUAUGAAUGCCAUAAAGGCGACGCUGUCAACAUCUCAACCUGUGAUAACCGAAGAAGAGUUUGGGACUAUAUUCUACAAGAUUUCUGAGCUACAUGAGUUGCAUAAAAACUUUCUAGAAGGUUUGAAAGCGGCGGUAGCUAGUUGGGAAGAACCGUUGUGUGUCGGCAUGCACUUUAAAAAAAUGGCGGAGAACAUAAACGUGUACGGCGCGUUCCUGCACAACUACGGGCGCGCGACGGACGCGGUGCGGCGCCGCUGCGGCAGCUCGCAGCGGUUCGCGGACCUCACGCGGCAGAUCGCCUGCCGCGGCCAGCCCAUGUCGCUGGACGACCUGCUGCACAAGCCGGUCGCCCGCGUGCAGAAGAACGCGCUCGUGCUGCAUGAUCUCAUUAAAUAUACACCUGCGAGUCACCCGGACCAUGCGAUGCUCACGGAAGCUCUGAAUAUGACACAACAUUUCCUAGAUGAAUUUAAUAUCAUUCAAACUAAAUCUAUGUUCCCUAAUGCUGAUCGUGCACAAAGAAGGCUAGUAAAGAACUCAUUCAUAGUAGAAUUGUCAGAUGGACAUAGAAAAUUACGACACCUAUUUCUAUUCAACGAUGUUAUAGCAUGUGCAAAAUAUAAGGCUUCUGGUCGCGAUAAAUUCACAUUCGAGCUGAAAUGGUUCAUUCCACUGCCAGAUAUAGUAGUAGUAGAAGAAGAUGGGAGUUCAGUAGAAAAAGAGACAAACCCCGCUAAUAUAGUCGCACUCAAGUCGCAGGCUUGUACCGUGCGAGAUCAGAUCUUGGCUGAGGAACGAGCCUCACAGGAUGAUAAGAAAAUUCGACUGGGUGGUCGUGGUGGUGCCGAGAAGCAGCGCAAGAAGUUGGUAGAGUUGGAAGGACAGCUGGUACUGGCCAGUCCCAACCUGGUAUUCCGUGUAGCAGCGCGUACAUUGCAGCGUCACCAUGUGUUCUUCCUGAGUUCAGAGUACGAGCGCACGCAAUGGAUUGACUCCAUACAUGCACUUCAGGCGUCAUCCGCACCUCCUGCCGGCUCCAGCACGGUAUCUAUGCUGGAGCUGCAGAGCUGGGUUACAGCGUGCCGCAGCUACCUACAAACAGACAUGGGCUCGUAUCUACUGCGAAGUGGUCGAGAUGACUCCCUACUACUGGGCGACCUGCAGCUGCACAUUGGUGGCAUGACUGCGCCGCUUGAUACCUCUGCUGACUAUUACAUAAUCGUUGAAGUAGACUCAUACGGACACUAUUUCCGGAAAGCGAAGUCAAAGCUGGUGUGUAGAAGUGCGCAGCCGCGCUGGAAUGAAAGUUUUACCAUUGACCUCGAGGGCUCACAGAAUUUGCGGCUAUUGUUAUACGAAGAUGCUGCCCGACCAGUGCUGAGAGGAAAAUGCACGGUCAAGCUGUCCCGCGAGUGGGUGGCGGAGAGCGCGGCGGGCGGCGUGUCGCGCACGGUGUGCGUGGGCGGCGGCUCGCUGCCGCUGCGGCUCAAGCUGCUGCCGCCGGAGCGCUCCGCGCGGCACGUGCCCAACGCCAAGUCGGGCGCGCUGUUCGGCGCCAAGAUCACGCAUGUUGCCAAACGCGAAAAACGCAACAUUCCAUUCAUAAUAAGUGCUUGCGUACGUGAAGUUGAGCGGCGCGGCAUACACGAGGUGGGUGUGUACCGCGUGUCCGGCAGCGCGUCCGACCUCAACCGCCUCAGGAAGAGCUUUGAGACCAAUGCGUAUGAAGCAGAGCAGUUAUUGAAGGAAGUUGAUAUACACAGUGUAACUGGUGUAUUAAAACUGUACCUUCGAGAAUUACCCGAAGCAUUGUUCACCGACGCUCUCUAUCCGGAAUUAUUGCGUGCCUGGGGUUCUACUCAGGGAGUUGGUACGUCGGUGGACUCUGGGCCAGCACAUACAAGGCGGCAUGCUCUCCUUAAAUGUUAUGCACAACUACCUGAUCUCAACAAGAAUUGUAUUGAUUUUCUCCUCAACCACUUUGUCAAAGUUAACCAACACGAAGCAGAAAAUAAAAUGUCGCUGCACAAUUUGGCAACUGUAUUUGGUCCUACAUUACUUCGUCCAUCGAAUUCGGGAGCCGGAGCCAAACAACGAACCGACCUUCUGGCGGCUGGAACCGUCGACGCCAUGGCCCAAGCUGGCAUACUCUAUUGUCUAUUGCAGCAGAGACAACUAGCCGCGCAACUAUCAUCGCAUCAUAGAGCACCAACGCUGCUCGAUUAAUAACAUAGUCCGCCAUCUUGUGAUUUAUCGAGUCCCUAACAUUUCCCGCCACUUUUUGACUUCAAUGUUAGAUAUUAUAACGUUUUAUUAGUUUUUGAUAAUAUACACAUUUGCCAAGCUAGUUUUACACAAAAAUAUAGUCGUAGAAGUAAGUCCAUAAUGAUGAUAAUGCAACUGGGAGUGGGAAGGACACAAAGACUUUUUGAUGUUUAUCUGUCUUGUUAAAUUACUAUAAGAGGCCUUAGUCGUUGUUUUAUUAUUUACUAGAAGAUACACCUUAAUGAAAUCAAUGGGUAAAACUUUAUUCUUGGUGUAGUUUAGUAGUUUGCUUUAGCAUGUGUGUAUGGCCUAUAUGCUAUUUUAUUGGUGAUAAUUAUUAAUAAAUCAAUAUUCUUUAAUACAGAUAAAAUGCUGUCAGAUAAAAAUUGGUUUUGGCCUUUACGCACUAAACAUGUUUAGUGCGUAAUAAUUUUAAAUACCUUCUGUAAAUAUGCAAGUUAAAUAAUAAUAAUUAAUUGGUGCUUUCGUUUGGUUAAAUUAACAAAAACACAGAUUUACGCGUCGUCAAUAUGUUUAAAUUUUCAUGUCCCAAUUAAUAAUAAGAAUCAUACGACAGCAAACAAAAACAAAUAAUUUCAAUAAAUACAACAUUUAUGUUACAUAGGUGAUAGAUAUGUAUAGAUUAAAUUUCAAAGCCCGUUUUUUUAUAUUCCAAAUACAUUCCAUAUUGUGCAAAAUAAUGACUGAUUUUAUGUUUACAACAAUAAUUAAAUAACAUUUUACUAAAUAUGCGAGAUUGCAAUGGAAGUUAUAAUGAGGUUUAGUGAAAAAAUCUAAGAAUGUCACGCUCUACUGAAAUGAAAUCUUAAUAAAAUGAACUAUCGUUGAUGAAUGAAAGUUUUUGAAUAUAUGUAUUUGAAAAAAGGAUUAAAGAGUAUUAUUAUACGGGACCGAAGAGUAAUUCAUGGAUAAAUUGAUAUAGACUGAAAAUAAAAUUUUAAAUAUUGCGAUUAGAUUAUACUUGCUUAAAAUGGCAAAUUGCUUUAAGGAGAAACAGGCUUAAGACUAAAAAAAGUUUAUACUGAUCUUUUUAAGUUUCAGCAUUUUCAGUACUAGUCGUGUUUUUUGUAUUUUUGUGUACCGCUUCUAGUACAAGUGAAUAUAUUGAUUCUUUGAAGAUAGCCCACAUCAUACAGUCGCUAGAGUUAAAUAAUUUAAGUAUUUUACUUCACAACUAAUCCUACUAAGUUAGUACUUAAUGAUGACAAUUUACCAAAAAAUGAAAUUUUUAAGAACAAAGUUUAUUUCAUUUGUAAUUUGUAUUGAUUUGAUGUUAUGGAACACAUUGAACGAAAUAAUCUAUUUUGUUGAGUAAUAUAUAAUUAUGUUUAUAAUAGAUUAGUGUUUAAGUUAUCUCUGUUCAAAGAACUUCCAGAUUGUUUUUCUUUUCACCAAAGACCACUGUUACACUUUUGUUGCAGAAAUUCCUUAUAUUAUGUAUGUACACUGUACCUUGAUGUAUUCGUCUUGUAAUAUAACAGCAUCACAAAAUGUUUACAGGUGUAAGACCCAAAAGAAAACAAAGUCCAUUUGAAAGUGAUUUAUUUUGUUUCAAUAUCUGUAUACCAUUAUAAAUAGACAUGAAAAAAUACUAAGAAAAUGUAGUGACAUAAAAAUGUAGUAAUAAUAGUUGCAUAUUGUGUACUUUCCUUUUAGCUUUAUUGAGUCACAGUUAUUUUCUGACAGCUUUUACACAAUAUUUUAGAUAUGACAUUAUGUAUAACACAAAUAUUAGUAUUUCACUUGUGUAUGUAGUAUUUAUACUAACUCUAACUUUAUUAUUCUAAUUUUGGUUAUUAUUACAUAUUGUUAUUUAUAUAUGAAAUGAAGUAACAUUAUUUGUACUAUUAUUUGCACAAGCCAUUUUAUCAAAAUUUAAAGAGAAAAUUGAAUAGACAGUGUUGUAUUUAAGUUUUAGACUUAAAAUUAUUACUGAGAGGGUAUGGAUAUGAAUUACUUUGUUUACAGUAUUCUUUAUUUUGUGCUUAAUAUUUAAAUUUCAUGUUGUAAUAUCUUAUAAACAUUUGAAAACUACUUUUAACUGUAGCUUGCUAUCACACAUUUACUUGUUACAUUUGGUUUUAUAAAAAAUGCACUUGGUAGCUAAAGUUUUCCUUCCUGACAAGCAACAAUAUAUUCAUCAAAUGUCUUGAAAAGUUGCAGUUUUUAUGUGUUGUGUUAAUGUAUAACUUAAUUUUUUAUUAUAAUUAUAUUUAGUAUCACAAAGUUCACAACUUAAAACCAGUACAGUGACAAUAAAUUACACUGCCAAAUCAGCGGCCAAUGUAAUUAUUAUUACACUUUGGUAAGGUAAAAUCUAGUAACACAUUUUAAAUAUGGUUACCUUUAUUCAUACCCAAUUUUGAUUUUUGUUAUCUCUGAUGUUGUGUGUAGAGUAUGUACCUAUAAGGUUAGAUUUUGUAUUAUUUGGAUUUUAUAUUUAAUUUUUGUAUAUAAAUGAUACUAAAAUGUAGCUAUGAACCUUUUCACAAUAAAAUGUAUUUUUAAUACACCUUUA